AUGGAUCAGGGAAAUUAUACCAGAGUGAAAGAAUUUAUUUUCCUGGGAAUUACCCAGUCUCGAGAGCUGAGCUGGGUCUUAUUCGUCUUCUUAUUUUUGGUGUACACGAUAACUCUGAUGGGAAACUUCCUCAUCAUGGUUACAGUUACCUGUGAAUCUCAUCUUCACACCCCCAUGUACUUCCUGCUCCGCAAUCUCUCUGUGCUUGACAUCUGCUUUUCCUCCAUCACGGCUCCUAAGGUCCUGGUUGAUCUUCUAUCAGAGAGAAAAACCAUCUCCUUCAAUGGCUGUGUCACUCAAAUGUUCUUCUUCCACCUUCUGGGGGGAGCAGAUGUCUUUUCCCUCUCUGUGAUGGCCUUUGACCGCUACGUGGCCAUCUCCAAGCCCCUGCACUAUGUGACCAUCAUGAGUAGGGGGCGAUGUUCUGCCCUCAUUGUGGCCUCCUGGACGGGGGGCUUUGUCCACUCCAUCGUGCAGGUUUCCCUGCUGCUUUCCCUUCCCUUCUGUGGACCCAAUGUUCUCAACACUUUCUACUGUGAUGUCCCUCAGGUCCUCAAACUCGCCUGCACCGACACCUUCAAGCUGGAGGUCCUAAUGAUUUCCAAUAAUGGAUUAGUCAGUUGGCUUAUAUUCUUCGUUCUCCUCAUAUCCUACACAGUCAUCCUGACGAUGCUGAGGUCCCAGGCAGGGGAGGGCAGGAGGAAAGCCAUCUCCACCUGUACCGCCCACAUCACUGUGGUGACCCUGCAUUUUGUGCCCUGCAUCUACGUCUACGCCCGGCCCUUCACUGCCCUCCCCACAGACAAGGCCGUGUCCGUCACCUUCACUGUCAUCUCCCCUCUGCUGAACCCCCUGAUCUACACCCUGAGGAACCAGGAGAUGAAGUCAGCCAUGAGGAAACUAAAGAAACGACUAGGGCAUUCAGAAGGGAUUUAA